AAAGAAACCUGACAAGAGUGUGUAUGCAGAAAAAACAACACAACCAAGUAUAAAAAGAUCCCUCUUGACCAUGGCUGAGUGGAGAGGAGAAAGAAGAAGUCUUUCACCUCCAGGAUUGUGGAGUGACCAGGAACUGGACACUGAUCUGGGCCGUAGGUCUUUCCAGCACACUCUCAGGUCUUUAAGUCCUCUCGCUCUCUCGGAUCUUGACUUUUGGGAUGGUAGAUCUCUUCUUAAAACUUGGAAAUCUCCAGCAUGGAGCUGUGUGGGCUUUUCUGGAUCACCUCUUAACUCAAAAAUAAGCAAAAGCACUCUUGGCAGUCAAAAGCAUAAGGACUCUUUGGGAAUAACGAGAUGGUCUUUAGCCUCUCGUCUGGCUCCAGAAGGGGCUCCGCGAUCACACUCUUCUGCAGAGGACUUCGAGCUCCGAGCUGCUCUGGAGGAAAGCAGCAUGAAGAGAGCAGAACUCGUCCAGAGGCUCCGAGAGGCCAGAGGUCACCUGGAUGCUCAGACAGACCUUUUGAAAAGCAAAGGGUUUCAGCUUCAAGAAAGCAAGAGCCUCUCUAACCUUUUGGACAUAAAGCACAAGCAGCUUUCUGAAGCAGUAAAAAUUCUUGAGCAAGACAAAGGAGCUGUGGAGAUGAGUCGCUUUGAGGAGAGUCGCCGUCGUAGAGAAUUACAUGAUAAAGUUCUGCAGCUCGAGUUGGACAUUUUGAAGAUGAGGUCCAACCUGGAAACUCUGUCCACAUCAGUGGAUCCACUUAGCAGAACUCUGCCUGAUACUAAAGACCAAAUCCGCAGAGAGAGACAGAAGCAGGCUGAGAAGGAGAUAAAGAAACUGAGAGAAGCUCUUAGAAAGGCUGAGGAGAAAACAGAUGAGCUGGAAUAUGAGAAAGAACAUGCACUGAAGCAGCUUCACUCCUCUGAUGAGCUUAAAGAAGAGGCUGUAAACAAAGCAGGAGAGAUGGAGCAAAGGCUGAGCAGCUCCAUCCAAAAUCAAGCAGAGCUAGAAGAGCAGCUCAGUGAGUCUCGCAGCCGGCUGGGACAAAUGGAGCUGGAAAAAGACCUGUUUUCUGCUAAGAUGCGGAGACUAGAAGACAAUCUGAAUGACGUGAAGGUCAAACUGUCUGGAGCUUUAAUGGACAAAGACCGUCUACUCCAGGUCUGCUGUAUACAUUUAAUUUCUUUACACUGUUAAAAAUAAAAGUGCCAGGGAGAC